UAUAUGACUGUUUCUGUGUGGUGUCCCGGCAGCGUGCCGUGUGAUUGGCCGGUCCGGUCCUCUCAGUCGUUACCAGGGGCGUGGUGGAGCCACAGCGAGGCUGAAUGGGAAACACAUUUGUGUGCCUCCUCACACCGUUGUAACCAUAAUGAAGGAGAGAGACACACGAUGACAAGCGAAAACAGUUUGUCGGCGUGAAUUAAUUGCCCGAGUGGAGGAGGCAAACUAAAAUCUCUCCAGUCAGUCUUUUAAAGCGGCUCCGCAUUAACCAGCAGAAACCUGCACACACAGAGAGAAGAGGAGUCUGCAUCGUUAGCUGCUGCAACCCGAAGAGGAGGGAUGCGAAGGAGGACUUGAAAGGAGAUAAAUACAACAUAUUCAGCAUUUUUUAUCUCGUCAAUAUGCUGUCUGUGUUCACUUAGCAAUCACUGAGUUGUUUGUGGUCAUUUGAGUGUCGUUUUGUAGGUGAAAAUGGGGAUAUUAUGCAGAUAAGGGCGUUUUUUUUUUUUUUUUUUAAAGUCCACCUUUCUGCCUGUGGACAGUUGGGCUAACGUUAGCGAGGUUUGUGUCGUGUAUCUAACACACUGAGGUGGUUUUAGUCGGGUUUUCUUCGCUUUUUCAACAAUAGCUCUUGAUGAGAUCUCGUCUGUCAUCCAUCCUCUCUGUUCAUCUCUCUGCUGGCAAACUGCGUCACCGAGUGGUUGCUGCAGGUAUUCAUCUCUAAAGAUCUGCUGCAUGUCAGGAAGUUUGUGGCCAUGGCACGAAUGACCUGGAAACCAAAGUGACUGAACUUGUAAAAUCACCACUAUGGAGCCAGAGGAGCCUAAUUCAAACAACUCUGAUCAGCUCCUGAAGUAUCCACCUGUACCCGACUCUCAGUGUGAACUGUCCAUGAACAUGUAUGAGGCCAUGGGUGAUGGAAAUGUCAAUCAUGUGGACUCAGUAUUAGUGAGAGGCGGAAGUGACCCCAGUUUAUACCCUUCCUCCAGCUAUCAGAGGAAUGUGCAUCAGAGAUUCAUCCGGAGGAGCCUGUGGUUCUCAGACGCAGACGAGCAGGCCUUUGAGGCACCUGAGUGUGAUAACAGGAAUAAGGUCCUGAACAUAAACCUGAGGACAAUAGUGGACAGGACGCGGGGGACUAGUUCUGGGAUACAGGAGGGCUCCAGCACUGAAAGUCAAGGUGGGCAAAAGGACAGUGCAACAGAGAGCGCCAGUGCCGAUGAGGAGAAGGAUAAAGGUGGAGAUGCUUUGACUGUUACAUGCAAUGAUGGUGGUAAAGCCGCUAUCAAGGCAGCCAGUGAGGACAACGAGGAGGAGGCGGAGAUGAAAGCAGUCUCCACAUCCCCGGGAGGAAGAUUCCUCAAAUUUGACAUAGAGCUGGGGAGAGGGUCCUUCAAGACGGUCUACAAGGGCCUGGAUACCGAGACCUGGGUAGAAGUUGCCUGGUGUGAGCUGCAGGAUCGCAAGCUGUCCAAAGUGGAACGUCAGCGCUUUAAGGAGGAGGCAGAGAUGUUGAAGGGUCUUCAACAUCCCAACAUUGUCCGUUUCUAUGACUUCUGGGAGUCGCCCCUUAAAGGGAAGAAGUGCAUUGUUUUAGUAACGGAGCUCAUGACGUCAGGGACGCUAAAAACCUAUCUAAAACGUUUCAAAGUAAUGAAGCCAAAGGUGCUGAGGAGCUGGUGCAGACAGAUCCUGAAAGGCCUUCACUUUCUCCACACCAGGACCCCUCCCAUCAUCCAUAGGGACCUCAAAUGUGACAACAUCUUCAUCACGGGACCUACAGGCUCGGUCAAAAUAGGGGAUUUAGGACUCGCAACACUCAAGGCGGCUUCCUUUGCUAAGAGCGUCAUAGGCACCCCAGAGUUCAUGGCUCCAGAGAUGUAUGAAGAGCACUAUGAUGAGGCUGUGGAUGUCUACGCCUUUGGCAUGUGUAUGCUAGAAAUGGCCACGUCGGAAUACCCCUACUCUGAGUGUCAGAACGCUGCUCAGAUAUACCGCAAAGUCACUAGCGGAGUGAAGCCAGCCAGCUACAACAAGGUCGUGGAUCCUGAAAUCAAGGAGAUUAUUGGGGAGUGUAUCUGCCAAAAGAAAGAGGAGCGGUACACCAUCAAAGAUCUGUUGAACCAUGCUUUCUUUGCUGAGGACACAGGCGUUAGGGUGGAGCUAGCUGAGGAGGACGAUGGGAAAAAGGACUCGAUAGCCCUGAAACUGUGGGUGGAGGACCACAAGAAGUUAAAAGGGAAGUACAAGGAGAGCGGAGCCAUCGAGUUCACGUUUGACCUGGAGAAGGAGGUCCCUGAGGUUGUGGCACAAGAAAUGGUGGAGUCUGGCUUCUUCCACGAGAGUGAUGCUAAGACCGUGGGAAAGUCGAUCAGGGAUCGCGUGGCACUGAUCAAAUGGAGGAGGGAGAGAACCGUGUCUGCUGCAGUUCCAGUGGAUCAAGGCGAAGGGGGUCACAGGGUCCAGAUGACACCAUCUCAGGGCGUCUCUGCUGGGGUUGCACAUGUAGGACAGCCUUUGCUGGAACCAGAAGAGGCAGAGGCAGACCAGCACAACAGGAUGCGUAACCUGCCAGCCAGUGUCACCUCAGUGACGUCAGACGGCACGCUUGAUAGUGGCAUGGGCUCCACUGUGUACUCAGACUCCCACAGCAGCCAGCAGAGUGUCCUCUACCAGUCCCUGCUGGAGCCUAUUACUAUGGCAACACAGCAGUGCCAGAGCAGCAGUAGCCCUUUCCUAACAGAUCGACCUCACUCCUGUGAAAAGGUUGAAGUAUGGGGGUCAACACGGAGCCCAGAGCUCAGGACUCGUUUAGGAGCUGCAACCCGGAGAGGAAGUGCCCCCGUUAUUGACACUAGCAGUGCAAACCACAUUGCUCAACUCCAUGCCCUCAUUCAGUCGCAGAGAUCAAUCAGUCCCACCCCCCACGUGCCAGAGAACCAGUUGGAGGUCAGCCCCCCUGAGCUUCACUCAGAGGCUAAGGAUGGAUUCCCCUCCCAGAGUGCUCAGCCAGUACUGCAGGUCUUCCCCGUCUCUUCACCUUCUGAGUACCGCCGCUUUAGUGACACCAUUAUCAGACCGUCAUCAGAGGCCUCCAGUGAAAACUUCACCCUGCCUGUGCCAAGUGGACGCAGACACUCUGACCUCAGUAGUCUAACUUCUCAUCAUAACCACCAUUUUGCAAUGAAUAGAGGCCACGUGUGCCAGGCCUGCCUCGCUUUGCUUCUUCUAAGGUCACGAGAAGGAGGCUACCGCCGUCCUUCUGUUGCCAUGCCAACACACCAUUGUCCAUAUGACUUUAGACAAAACCCGUCCUCCGGUGGAACAAUGACCACCCCUGGUUAUGGACGGCUGAAAGGUUUGAGCGAUUUUGCCGAUUUCUCACUGCUGCAGCAGUCCCUGUUCAAUAUAAUCAGCCGCAAAGCAGCGCCUUGUCACACAACGCCCACCCAAGCCUCCUUGCUGCACCCCUCAGCCGCCCACAGGCCUGCCCGCAGUGACGGAGACGGCAGCCUGAAGAGUCAUCUCCUGAGUCGCGGUUUGGUUGGGGACCAAGAAUCCCUCCAGGACUGCGAGGAUAGUCUCUGUGCCAGAGAGCAGCAAGUUACCGGGGCUGUGGGAGUGACCAGUUCAGCAGGUCACCAGAAUCAACCAUCUGUACAGGGCCUGCCUUCUUCCAACACAGCAGUGCACACACCACAGCAGUACAUCCAGCCUGGACACAGUUACCCUGCUGCUCCAUAUGCUGGCCAACACAGUGCUGCAACACCAGUUCCAGCUAGUCUAUGUUCAGUCAACAUCCAGCAUACAGUCAGUGCUGUGAGCUACACACCUCUGAGUGCACAACAAGUUGCAGCAAAUGUUUCAGCAUCAGCUGUGCCACAACAUGUUGCACAGAGCUACCAAGCACCCGGCCACCAACAGCAGCCGGCAACAGCAGCAAACUCUUUGACUUUUCCUUUGAACGUCCAACAAACGUGUCAGAACUGCGUGGCCCCAGCUCAACAACAGCCUCACUCUGCAUCAGGAUAUCCUACUCCAGUUCAGCAACAGACUGCUGCAGCAGCAAACACCCUGACAGCACAGCAGCCAGCACAAAGCUAUCCUCUUGCAUCUGUAGCCCCAACUAUGGCAGCCAUGGCCCCGUGUCAUCCUACACAAGCUCCCAGUGCACUGCAACACAUCCAAGCCGCAGUCAAACUGCCAAGUCAGCAGGCUGGUCAGAGCUCUUCCACACCAGCACUUUACAGCCAACAGAUACCCGUUCAGCAAGAGCACCAACUAAAUACUCAGUGCAAUGUACAACUAGCACAACAUGCUGGGCAGGCUUAUAUUCAGCCUCAUAACCAAGAGACUAUGCAUACCAUACACCAACAAAUGGCACAACAGCCCACCCACCUUUCUCAGAGCCAGGAUGUAUCCCAGCCUACAGUCCAACAGGUUCAGACCCCAGCUUCUCAACUUCAUCCGACAGCGCCCCCAGUUUUGCAGGUUGCAGCCACACACCAGAGUUACCCUGCUGCUGGUCUACCUGAUGCUGCCUCUCAGAGCUAUGCACAUGCUGCCCUGCAGCAACAGACUGCCCCAGCUCAGAGCCAGUACCUGUCUGCGCAGUCUUCUGGUGUUCCACAGACCUACGGAGCACAACAGUAUCAACCCUAUUUUUGCGCCGCUGCUUUCCUGAACCAGAAUAUUCCUGCUGGUCCUGCUGGGCUUAAUCUCAGCCAGUCAGCUUCAAGUGCGCCAGUCCCUCCUCAACAGUCAAUGGCUCCGGCUACUGCCCACCAACAUCUCCAACCUCUGCAGAUUCCAAACUCUCUACCCCCAACACAUUCAUCCCAGUUUCCUUCACAGUAUCCCACAAUCCAGGUGAUGACAGCUAUGACUGACAGUGAAUCCUCCUACCCCCACUCCUGCACCGGCCCUCACCCUCCAACCUCCUCUCAUCUUAAUCACAUGUUCCUUUCUCCUGGACAGACUCUUCCUGUGACCCCCUCUGUCUCCCCCCUUUCUCCUCUGCACAUUGAAAAUGCGUUAGUUUCACCUGUACCGGUGUCCCUCGUACCGUCCCCCUCAACCUUGCUGGGUACGGUGGCACCCACGUCCCCACUGCACCAGCCCAACGCUGUUCUAAAUGUUAGAUCUGAGGCUUCUCAUUCACAACCUGCGUUUAUAUCAGCACCAACCACCCACCCCAUACACACACACACUGCCCCGUGCCAGAACACACACCCUCCCACAAACGGCAGCACUCAGCCUCUGAUACAGCAGGUUCCCCAACAUGCCCAGGCCAGCCAUCCUGAGCUUGUUCCCUCUGCUCAUCCAGUCCAGCCUGCAGUCUUCUCCUCACCUCUGCAGAAUGGGUCAGACCCUGCUGCUGCUGCCCAGCUGGACAACAAGAACCCGUGCCAGCUGGCCCUGCAGGCCCAGAGUCAGGUUCAGAGCCAGAUUCCUGUACUGCAGCCCUCUGACUCUCAGAGAGUUUCAUCUGGGUCUGCCAGCUCCAGUCUGACUCAGCAGAAACAGCUCAGUAGUCUCACCGGAGCUGCAGGUCAGGGUCCAACAGAGACCAACACAGAGGAUCAAGCUGCAGAGAAACACACUGGAGGACAGAGCUAUGACAGCGUCAACUCUGAUGCCAUGUCAGGGAAGGAGAUGAGUGACGGUUACGAGGGGACACAUGGAGGUAAAGGCGAAGGGAAAGUCCGCAAACACCACCGCAGGUCCACACGCACUCGUUCACGGCAAGAGAAGAUUAGCAGGCCAAAGCUCAACAUGCUCAAUGUGUGCAACACUGGCGAUAAGAUGGUCGAGUGUCAGUUGGAAACUCAUAACCACAAAAUGGUCACUUUCAAGUUUGACCUGGAUGGAGAUGCACCGGAGGAGAUUGCUACAUACAUGGUGGAGAAUGAUUUCAUUCUGCCUUUAGAAAAAGAGGUGUUCAUUGAGCAGCUGAAGGACAUCGUGGACAAGGCUGAGGACAUGCUGAGCGAGGACACCGAGGGUGAAAGGAACUCCGACCAGGGAGGCAGUCCCAAACAGAGCGAAGGCGCUGGCGCUCUGGGAACGGAGGCUUCCGCACCCAGCACACCACAGCUAGUGUACCAGCAAAAUGUCCUCCACACUGGCAAGCGUUGGUUUAUCAUCUGCCCUGUGGCUGAGACGCCUGUGUUAGACAAAGAGAAGACUACAUCUCACACCUCUGCAGCCCUGGAAUCUGAAACGUCUGCCUCCUCAUCAGUCAGGCCCAACAGCAACACGCCUGUAGUGACUACCGCCGUCGCAUCUUUAUCCUCCCAAAGCCUGUCCUCCUCCUCCUCCCCUGUGCCCCCCGCAGCUCAGACCUCAGUGCAACCUCAAGACCAAAAUGUUGACAAAACCUGGAUCCAGCAGUCUCAGCCCUGUGUAACUAAACAUGCCCUCGCUGCUGCUGGGGCCAGCCAUCACAACUCCCUUCCUGUGGAAGAGCCUUGCAUCUCUGCUGUCUCUAUGGUAACGGAUAUUCCAUGCUGCGCUAUUGUGCCACCUGUCUCUCUGGAUGUGAAUGCUGUUGAUAACGGAGCGGCUAGUAGUUUGACCUCUUCUCAAACUAAUCAGCACAACCAGAAGGCCAGUCCUGCUGGAGACCUACCCCCUCAGCUGGCAUCCCAUCAGUCUGUGGUCCUGCAGCAACCCUACGCCACGCCUAUGCAGCCCGGGACCGUCAUCUCCCAGCCGCAGAGUCCAGCACAUCAGACCUCCCAGAACUCCCAGUCAAGCCAACAGCAGCCAGUGAGCGGGGGUCCAGGCGAGUCAGACAGCGAGGGACCACGCAGGGUGGAGUUUGUAGACCGCACAAUCAAGACUUUGGAUGAGAAGCUGAGAAACCUGUUGUACCAGGAGCACGCUCCCUCCCAGCCCUCCAGCACUGCAUCCGACCCCCAGGCCUCCAGCACAGAGGGAGUCAGCUCACCUCCAGUCUCAGACGGCCAGAGCACCGAGGGAGCACUUACAAAGAAGAAAGGGGAGCCACUGCCUCAGAUUCCUGAGCGCACAGAUAGUGUGGGUGCACUAAGUGACUCUGCAGUGGCAGGUCCUUCAGCCACUAACAGGGGUUUGAACAAAAGAGAUGUGACCGCCAACUCCAGUUCAUACAGCUCCAAAAGCCGUUUUCAAAUCAUCCCCACUCCACCGGAUGUCAUUUAUCGUUUAGAGAAAAGCAAGACGAGCUGCAGCACCUGCAGCUCCCCAGCACCCUCUAGUGGUUCCGGAGGGUCUUACAGCCUGAGCCAGGGCCUAGGCAGGAAAGAGAAUGACUGUGUGGCUGUGGGCAGAUCUUCUGUGACAGCUGUAGCUGAUCAUGCGACUGCAGGAACAUCCAAACCCCCCAGUAGUAACCGUUACUCUGCCCCACCUAACUUCUACCAUGCCACCCCCACUUCCAGCCCCGAUCUCACCCCACGUCAUAUCCCCCGGGCCCAGACGAUCGACACGCCAACCCAUCACAGCUGGCAUUACCACACCUCUCACCUCUACUCUGACUCAGCAGAUGAGGACAGCAGCAGCGUAGCCCUUCCUCCAGCCCACCCCACUCCCCCAGCUCAUGCCCUGUCGGAGCACAGUGGAAGCGACCUCAUGAAGAGGGCAGUGGCCUUCCUGCGGCGCUCUGGUCGGAGCAAAAGUGAGCAGAGCUCCGAUUCACCGAGCCGACAGCCCGUGGCAAUGAACGGUCACGCUCCCUCGCCUGCUGCAGGACAUGCCCUCUCAUCCUACAUCAGCAGUGACAAUGACUCUGAGUUUGAGGAUGCAGAUAUGAGGAAAGAACUGCAGAAGCUGAGAGAAAAACACAUGAAGGAGAUCUCUGAGCUGCAGGCGUUCCAGAGGAAUGAGAUUGAGCAUCUGUACACGGGCCUGGGCAAAACACUGCCUACCAAUGUCGGCCUACUUCACGCUGCACCCCCAAGUGGCCGCAGGCGCAGGGCCAGCAAACACAAGCUGAAGGCUGGAAAACUGCUCAACCCGAUGGUGCAGCAGCUCAAAAACAAUCUUAACACCUCCACAGAGAGGAAAGGUGAUAGUGCUGCCAGCUCAUCCAGCUCCCCGGCUAAAAGUUCAGUUCUGUCGGACGGCUCUGCUCACUCCAGUGGCAGCUCUAGCUCCAGCACUCAGCCCAGUGCCGCCCCAGAGCAGGUCCACACCCAGCAACCCUGUUCCUUAAAGGGCUCUUUCUCCUCAGACAACAUCUACGCUGGGCUACACGGGGAUGGAACGGCCAACCAAGCUGGCCCUGGCCAAGGCUGGACGGUUUACCACCAAACGUCAGAGAGAGUCACCUAUAAAUCUAGUAGCAAACCACGCACUAGAUUCCUCAGUGGACCUGUGUCUCUGUCCAUCUGGUCCACUCUGAAACGACUAUGUCUAGGCAAAGAGCGCAGUAGUAGGUCUUCUCUCAACACCGCCACAGCUCAAACAGCCUCCGGUCAGACGCAGCCAUCGCUCACCACAGCCACGCCCUCGCCGUCUCCCCAGCCAAUCUCACGGCUCGCUCAGGUCCAGACCAACAACAGCAACAACAAGAGAGGCACGUUCACCGACGAUCUCCACAAACUGGUGGACGACUGGACGAAGGAGACUGUUGCGGCGGCCAAUCAGCUACGCCCCUCCCUCAACCAGAUCAAACAGCAGAGGCGCCAGCAGGACCUGGAGGGCAGAGCGCCGCCCAUGGGAGCAGCUACGCAUGAGAUGAAAUGCCAUGUUGGUACCCACAAGUUCCAGCUGCCACUUUCCUGUCCCCUGACUGCUGCUCUAGGCCCCGGUAUGCCCUCAACCUUAGCUCCCAACGCCUCAGCAAUGCUCCCUCCUGGGUACCUUUUACCAUCGGGCUCCUAUGGAGGGAUGGUUCCUGGUCCUCUUUUCCCCCAGCAGUGGCCUGGCAUGCCUAGUCCUGUAGGGUCCGCGGGUCCUGUAGGCCUGCUCGGUGCUGCAAGAAUGAUGCCCUAUGCCUCGAUGGCAAACCCAGGGAUCCAAGCCUAUCCUCUGGUCAUGCACGACCCCGAGAACGGUCCGAAAACCACGAGGACUACCUAAUCUGCUAACUAAUAUUUGUUAGUGUGUCUGGGCACAAUAGUCCAACUCCACUCCGCUCUGGUUCACCAGAGCCACACAUGUACAUAAUGUGAUCUUGUAAAUAACAUGACGCCAGUGUUGAUAUUCUUUAUACAACACCUAUAUCUGUAGUUAAUGUGUGUGUGUGUGUGCGCGCGGGUAUGUGUGUGUGCUAUACAGUAUGUAUGUCUGAAUACCUAAUGCUUUUUGGCUUCGGUUUUGACUAAACUCAGCCAUACAAGAGAAUUUGUCUGCAGUCACGAAGAACGCAUUUCACUUUAUUCUCUGUUACUGCAGUUUUCACAUGGAUUUUUUUUGCCUUCCUCUGUGUUACGUACACUUUAAACACUACAUUGGAAUCCAAAUACCAGUGGUUUGAGAUACAGUAACAGGACAGUAUUUAUGAUGAAGAUAUCUGAAGGAAUGUAGUGCCUUGAACAUUGAUUUAUAGAUUAUUUUCUUCUGUGAAACAAAGCAUGUCUGCAUCCAAGUUAUUUUAUUUGACGGUAGCUUGAGUGCAGUCUCCUUUUUUUUUUUUUUUAAUGCAUUACAGACACUUGUUGUUUUUUGGUUUACAUAUGAAUGCCCUUGUAGAAACUGCACUAUUAACACAGUAUAUGCUCUUAUUUAAAAUAAUAAAAUCAUGUUUUAACCCUUGUUUACUUUCCACCCCUGUGACAGAUGGAAUGCCAUAGUGGUGAGAUGUACCGUUGCCUUGCAGAAUCAAAUGGUUAAUGUUAAAAAAAAAAAAGUUACGCCAGCAGCCAAAUCCACUCUUUCAGGUCAAAUGGUUCAGUCGGACACGGCCUCUUUUUGAUAAGACAGCUGGUGCGUUGGGCAGCACAAGAGCUGUCAGUGUUGUAGCCUUGUGCUCAGAGGAGAGGUGGUGUCCAGAGCCAUAUAUAUACUGUACAUAGUUCUUUCUACAGUAUAUGCCUCUGGUAGUGUUCGGAUCUGAAUGUAGCAAUUAAUAUGUGAAGGCUCGAGGCUUAAAAGUGCAAUUUAACCCCUCCACAAAGCUUUGAUCGUGGCCUUGCCACAAGCCUUAUCUCUGAUGUGUGCAACAGGAGCAAGCUGAAAAAAAGUUGAACAAAGUUACAAAUCACCAAGCAACAGACAGAAGUUACCGGGCAAAGUAUAAACAUUACAAACCACCACACAAUCAAGUCACUACUGCUAAAUGCUCUUUCAACUUGGCUAUCCUACUACUCAGCAUACACUUUAUGUGAAAUGUUUUGUGCAAUCACCUGUCAAGUCUGAUGUUUUUUAAAUUAUUUGAUGUUUAAAGCUUGAUUUUUUUUUAAAUUUUUUUUUUGAUGCUGCUAUCGUCUGAGGUGAUUCCACUGUACAGUUAAGCAUUAUAUUCACAUAAGAUGGUACUUAAAUAAAGAAAAACUCCUCAAAUUAUCAAAUGAGAUGCUCACAAAGCAGUGUUAUUGCCUUGUUGAAAUUUUGAUGUUUAUUUCCCUGGUUGCUUUGGAUGACCGCCUUUUUUUUCUUUCAGUACUAUAUAUAUUGCAAAAUUCAAAUGAUACUUGAUGCGGGAGAUUUGCACAACAUAUAGUCUCCAACCUAUGUUUAAGAGGUUCCUACACUGUACAUAGUGGGUUUCAUCACCUGUACUUUUUUAUCACUGACAAGCAUGGCCAACUUUUCAUGUUCCACAAAGCAAAGAUAAACAAUAUAGCUACACAAUGGUUAGGUAUUUCACAUCGCCACAACACAUUUGAAAGGUUUCAGCAUCCCGAUUCUGCCAAGCUGUGAAUUGUACAGUUUUCUUGUAGUUUAUAUUUGUAUAUUUUUUUUUUUUUUGACUGUUUCGAGAUGAUGGUGAUGGUGGUGGUGGUGGUGGGGUUGUUUUGAUGUAUAUUAUGCCAUCAAUUUGGUUUGAAUUGGACUUUUAUAGGAUAUUAUGCAGAGUCUUCUGCUUUGGUGAAGUACUUCCAAUAGUAAGAGAUUUCUGUUCUCUGUCACUCGUAUCUGGUUUUGUUCCACCUCUGUCGCUGCCAGCUCCUGGUGAGCAGAGGAAGGAAUGACUAUUGUUGGCAUGUUCAUUUGGAUGCAGUGAUCAAACGGAGGAGCUGAGAUGCACAGAGGAGGAGCAGUCCUGAACACUUUCUCCUCUGCUGCUCAUCUCUCUGGACAACAUUGCCCCCUGGUGAAUUAUGCUCUGAUUGUUCAAGGCUUGUAUUCAAACUGUGUGGGAUUGCUUCUGCCUGCUGUUUGUCCCACUGCAUUACCCCACCCUACCCUGCUGCACUCUAAUCACAGACUGUAUGUUGAGAGAGAAAUAAAUAUUAUUUUGUGCUUGAUGGUA